CUUCAUAUUUGCCUUCAAGUUGCAACCUGUUGUUUUCUGAUGAUGGAUCCAGCUGUGAUCAUCAUCUUACUUCUCUGCAAAAUAUAUUCUGCUCAAGCUGUGAGGAAUUCUGAGCUGUUUGUCGUCUCAGCUGAGCCCGGUGAAACGGUUACUCUCAUCUGCACAUCUGUAGAUGACUCAGAUGCAGAUGUUAGGAUAUGGUACAAACAAAGACUGGAGCAUAUGCCAUUGGAAGUGGGAUUACAGUUUAAAGAUAAGAAACCAAGGAUUUCAGCUUCUUUUGACCGAUCAAGAUUUAAAAUCAACAGAAUUGUGAGUGGCACUUCUCUCAGUAUUGACCCUGUUACUAAAGAAGAUGAAGGAAUGUACUUCUGUGCAGCGGCUGGAGAGAAAACAACGCACUUUUCUAAUGCUACAUUCUUAGCUGUCACAGGGCAGGUAGAAAUAUCAGUGCUCCAGACUCCAGUACGGGGCUCAGUUUCUCCAGGAGAGUCGGUCACUCUGCAGUGCACGGUCCUCUCUGAGAUCAGAGCAGCAGAACUCCGAGUGCUCUGGUUCAGAGCUGCUGCAGGACAAUCCUUUCCUGAAAUCAUUUACACUCAUCAGAACAGCAGCAGCCGUCAGUGUGAGAUCAGCUCUUCUACACACAGCUCUGUGUACAACUUCUCCAAGAACAUCCUCGACCACCACCAUACUGGAACUUACUACUGCGCUGUGGCUGCUUGUGGGAAGAUCAUUUUCGGGAAUGGAACAGCAGUAGAACUGAGUCCUGUGGAUCCUGUAGGUCCUGCAGAUCCUGUAAUGCUGACUCUGGCAGUUUUCUCAGCAGUGUGUGUGGCUGUAAUCUGCACUCAAGCCAUUUUAAUUCAUAAACUGAGAAAAUCUGAACACCACACUGGGUGAUCAAAACACUGAGAUCCCGCAUUAUGCUGCCAUCCACAUCAAAGAGAAGAAAGCCAAAGGUGGGAGAGUGAAGAGAGAACAGCCUGAAGACAUUGUGUACUCUCAAGUUAGAAGCUCCAAAGCUGCUGCUCAGCGCUCACAUCAUUUCCUGAGAUGAUCAUGAAUUAGUGAAAUUAUAUUUACUUACUAAUUCCAAUGUCUUUGUAAAUUAUUUAGAAUAUUAUUCAGAAUAAAUUAACAUUAAAGGCUAAAAAUCAUUGGGCCGUCCUCAAAAAAAUAUCAUAUAGAUUA